GGUUGUAUGCUACCAAGAACAUUUCGGAGGAUAUGACUUGGCAUGCCAAGAAUCCCCGAGUUCAAAACACCUUUGCACAUCCUAGUGAUAGUCAAGCGUGGAAGCACUUGGAUACAACCUUUCCUAAUUUCGCAUCAGAGCCACGAAAUGUCAGGCUUGGUUUGUGCACGGAUGGAUUUGCCCCCCAUGGUAAAUUUGGAUCCCAAUAUUCAUGUUGGCCAGUUAUUCUUACACCAUACAACUUGCCUCCAUCGAUGUGUAUGAAAAGACCAUUCAUGUUCCUUUCUUUGCUCGUUCCCGGUCCUAAAAAUCCUAAAGGAAACUUGGAUGUGUACAUGCAACCACUCAUUGAAGAGUUGAAACAGUUAUGGGAGGUUGGGGCUAUGACUUAUGACAUCUCAAGCAAGCAGAAUUUCAACCUCCGCGCAGCCCUUUUGUGGACUAUUAGUGAUUUUCCUGCAUAUGGAAUGCUAUCUGGAUGGUCCACGGCCGGAAAGAAGGCUUGCCCUUAUUGUAUGGAUAAAAGCAAGGCAUUUUGGCUUGAACAUGGAGGUAAAGUUUCAUGGUUUGAUUGCCAUCGACAAUUCCUUCCACAUGAUCACCCUUUUCGAAAGAAUAAAACAGCUUUCUGCAAAAACAAAGUUGAAAAUGGCAUGGGUCCGCAUAUAAUGUGUGGAGAAGAAUUGUGGCAAUGCGUGAAGGACUUGCCUAAAGCAACUGAUGGUCCUGAAGCUCUUAAGAAGUUGAAGAGUGCCAAAAUGGGUUGGUUCAAACAAAGUAUUCUAUGGGAACUCCCAUAUUGGAAGGAUUUGCUUCUUCGUCACAACUUGGAUGUCAUGCACAUUGAAAAGAACUUUUUUGACCAACUCAUAAACACUGUGAUGGAUGUGAAAGGUAGCACCUCGGACACCACUAGUGCAAGGAAAGAUAUGGCUAAGUAUUGUAAACGUCGGCAGUUAGAGCUUGGAAAUGGAAAUCAAACCAUGCCAAAAGCACCCUUUGCACUUGACAAGGCUCAAAAGAAGGUGUUAUGUGAAUGGGUUCGAGACUUGAAAUUCCCGGAUGCUUAUGCUUCAAACUUGAGCAGGUGUGUUAAUCUUCAAUCAUGCAAGCUGUAUGGAAUGAAGAGCCACGAUUGUCAUGUCUUCAUGGAGAGGUUACUUCCGGUUGCUUUGAAGGAGUUGCUUCCCUUGCAUGUUUGGAAGGCAAUUACAGAGAUUAGUCAAUUCUUCCGAGACUUAUGCGCCCCCACUAUCAAAGCGAGUGACAUAGAUCGCUUGGAUAAGAAUAUAGCUGAGAUCUUGUGCAAGCUAGAGAAGAUUUUUCCACCUGCAUUUUUCAACUCAAUGGAACACUUGCCAGUUCAUCUUCCACAUGAGGCAAAGGUUGGUGGUCCCGUCCAGUACAGGUGGAUGUACCCAUUUGAAAGGAAAACUAUGAAAAAAAUGUUGCUGAAUGUGUUGAAAAAGGCAUUGCUAAAGAUCCCAACCAAAUCUACUUUGAGACAGUAGGUGGGAGAAAGAAGGGAAAGGUCCCCGGGCUGGGUAGUGGAGCCUCUCUAUACUUUGCACCAUCUAGAAGGGGUGGUAGUUCUUCUAGCUCAUACACCCCAUCUAUUUAUUAUCAAAUGUCAUCUCGAUUGGAAGAGACUCAACAACAGUUGACCCAAAAAUCCAUUGAGCUUGAAACAACAAAAAAUCAGAUGUUAAAGGCUAUGGAGGACGAUCUACUUUUGAGGCAAAGGGAGAGAGAAGAAAGAGAAGCAGAGCGACUACAACACCAAAGGGAGAUGGAAAGGGAGAGACAAGAGAGAGAAAGGGAGAGACAAGAAAGAGAAGAACAUGCCGCCCAGAUGAAAAAGGCAAUGGAGUCUUACGAGCGGAUGUUCAGUCAGUGUACUGGUUUUCCUUUCUCGCAGUCGCAGGACCCUCGAGAUCCAACCGGAGGCGGGACACCUUUGUGUUAGGUAGUUAGUAUUCUUGUAUUAGUUUGAACUAGUUACAACUUUUCGUAUUAACAUGUUUGAACAACAUUAUGUGUAUUAUGAAUCUUUGUUGUAUGACUUUGAACAUGUUUAAUAUUAUAACAUCGAGCAGGUUUCAUACGA